AUGUCAGGAAUUCCAUUCUUGUUCCUGAAUGGACAGACCAAUUUAGCACUAAACAAAGAAUGCAGACAGAGUUCAACGCUCAAUAACAAAACUAAAUUUUCUGCCGGAGUCGUUGUUGAUGGCAACACAAUACAACAAAUGCAGGUUGCAGAUUCCUGUAGCCAUACAGAGCACUAUGAACCAUUUAACUGGUGGACAGUUGACCUAGGACAACUGUUUACAGUCGAUACAAUCACAAUAUAUAACCGGGAGGACUCAUGUUGUGUUAACCGGCUCGCUGAUUAUGAUGUUCUAGUUUACAAUCCAGUAAUUUCUACUUGGGAGGACUACAACAAAAGUACACCUGACCUUUGCUAUCAUCAUGUUGGAAUAUCUCCACUGGUGAUAAACAUAACUUGUCCAAAUGGUACUAUAGGAAGAUAUGUACAGGUUUAUAAACCAAACGGUGUAGUUUUCAACAUAACGCAACAUCCUUUGUCGUUGUGUGAAGUGGAAGUGUAUGGAAGAAGGAUUUUGACCGAUCCAGCAGACACUGUGAUUGAAAUAACAACCGAUAAAAUGAUUGAAAUAACAACCGAUAAAAAUGGCCUUAGUACGGAUGCAGAAGACACUGUGAUUGAAAUAAUAACCGUAAAUAGCCUAAGUACGGAUGAUAGUAAGUAG